AUGUUGGAAUCACUAGUAGCUAGUAUUUUAAAUCGAGUAUUAAAGGAUUACGUUUCUAAUUUAAAUUAUGAUCAAUUAAAAAUUGGAAUGUGGAAGGGUGAAGUUAAUCUUCGUGAUCUUAAACUUAGAAAAGAUGCUUUAGACAAACUGCAACUUCCAAUUAAUGUAUCUGAAGGCUGCUUGGGUGAAUUAACACUUAUUAUUCCGUGGUCUAAUUUAAGAAGUAAACCAGUUAAAGUUAUUAUUGAUCAUGUCUAUUUAUUAGUAGAGCCUAGAAACGAAGCUACUGUGACAGUAGAAGAGGAAGAGGCAAGAAUUCAAGAAUUAAAGCACCGACGCUUAUCCACUGCUGAAAUGCUUGAAGCAUCAACAGCACAACAGCAACCUCAACAAAACCAUCAACAACAAGGUAAUGAUGGUUUUAUAAGUCAGCUCACAACAAAAAUCAUUGAUAAUCUUCAAUUUACAAUGAAGAAUAUACAUAUUCGCUAUGAAGAUACCCUUUCUGAUCAAGGACAUCCUUUUGCAGUUGGUAUUACACUUAAAGAAUUGAGUGCUUUAUCUACUGACGAAAAUUGGAUCCCAAAAUUUAUUAGUGACCCUACAAAUACAAUUAAUAAGCUUGCAAUGCUUGAAUCGUUGUCAGUAUAUUGGAAUACUGAUUCGCAAUCAUUGGCUGGCAUGCAACUUGAAAAAGCAAAGCAAGCAUUUACUAAUUUGAUUCCUAUUUCUUCAAAUUUACCAGGAGAACACCAAUAUAUCUUAAAACCAGUAUCAGGCACGGGAAAGGUUAAAAUAAAUAAAAAAUAUGGAGGAGAUGUUCCAAAAACCGAUAUUUCACUCUUAUUUGAUCAGUUUGCAUUUGAACUUGAUGAUCGACAAUACCAAGAUGCUAUUCUUAUGAUCGACCUUCUUCAUGCCAGUCUCAAAAAGCAAAAAUAUCUUAAAUUUCAUCCCUCUAAAGAAAAAACACCUAGAUCACAUCCUCGAGAAUAUUUUCAAUUUGCCGCUAAAGCUAUUAUAUCUGAAAUCCAUGAACGCAAUUAUAAAUGGAGUUGGGAUCAUUUUAGAACCCGUCGAGAUCAACGUUUACAGUACAUUGAAUGUUAUACAGCAGAUAAAAUAGGGAGUGCUACACCUCAACAGAAAGAAAGAUUGAAGGAGUUAGAAUAUGAAUUGUCUUUUGAGGACAUUCGCUUUUAUCGAAGUAUUGCAAAAACAAAAAUACGCCGCGAAAGAGUUGUCCAGAAAAAGUCAGAAAAUAAGACAACAGGGUGGUGGAGUUGGUUAACAGGUGCUACAACAAAUGAUUCGAAUAAUGCUACUGAUGAUGAUACAGAAUCAAUAUAUAUGACUGAAGAACAAAAAAAGGAGCUCUAUGAUGCAAUUGAAUACGAUGAAGACAAAGCAUCAAUUAUUAAUGCUAUUGAUAUACCCAAAGAUUCUAUCAAAUUCUCAUUAAAAACAAAUCUGAACCGUGGUUCAUUUACAUUGAAACAGAAUAUUAGGAAACCGACAGAAAUCGAAUUAUUAUCCCUCGUGUUUGACGAAGUUAGUAUUGAUGUAACUCAAUAUGUAGAAUCUAUGAAAAUAGCUGCUACUCUAGGUGAUUUACAAUUGUUUGAUGGAGCUACGAAAGAUACAAUCUAUCAUCAGUUGAUUGGUGUCAAGAAUAAAAUUAAUAGAGAAACAUCAUCUUUAUUAAAUGUAAAGUACAAUAUGACUGAGAAACAAAGACGAAACUCUAUUCUCAUAGAUCACCAUCAUGAUCCUUUCUUCUCAAUUGUAUUUGAGAAAAAACCGUUAACACAGCAAGCUGACAAUGCAAUUUCAAUCAAGAUGAGACAUUUAGAAAUUAUUUAUAGUCCAAUUGUUAUUGCUGGAGUUAGAGAUUUUCUAAAGCCACCAAGUUCCAAGAUGGAAAGUGUCAAUGCUCUAAUUGCCGUCGCGGAAGAUACCUUUGAGGGACUUAAGAUUCAGACUCGUGCUGGUUUAGAAUUUGCGCUAGAGAUACAUGAAACACUUGAUCUUAAUGUUGAUAUGGAUGCUCCUAUUAUUAUUAUCCCUGAAAGUUUAACAAGCCAGGAUUCUUCUGUCCUUGUGAUUGAUGCUGGUCAUAUUAAUAUCGAUAGCCAACUUGCUGAUAAAAAAAUUCUGAAUGAUAUCAAGGCUAAAGAUAUUACAAAAUACAGUAAAGAAGAUAUUCAAACCUUAGAGAGUCUUAUGUAUGAUAAGUUUAAUUUACAACUAAGUCAAACCAAGGUAUUGGUUGGCAGAAAUACAAGAGAAAUACAAGAUGCAAGUUCUCGUUUAAUAGAACGUAUAGAUAUGAACUUUUUGUUAGAGCUUUGUAUUCUUCCAGGAAAAACUGAGUUUACAAAAUUCAAGGUUUCAGGACAUUUGCCCCUACUGUCGAUUAAUUUAUCUGAUACCAAAUAUAAAAUUUUAAUGAAGGUCAUUGACUUUAUUGUCCCCUCAUCGAAUAAUUCAGAACAAGUAGUAGUGACAAAACCACGAAUAAAUUCAUCCAAUGAUAAUUUACUUGGUAAACGUUUUUGGAGCUCACGAAGCAACGAAGUCUUAUUGGUUGAUUCUGCUAAUGAAGAAGUUGCAUCAGUUAGGAGUCAGUCAGAUACAGUAGUUGGUUCUCAAUAUGGGACUAAUAUGGAUCUGUAUGAAUCUGAACAAUUUAAAUUGAUGUUCCAAGUGGAUAAAGUAUCAGCUGCUAUUCAUGAAUCUAACAAUUCAGAUUUGGGAGAAGUAUUACUAUGUGAGCUUGUAUUAGAAAGUUUUACAUUAGUGGUCUUAACACGACCUGAUGAUAUGCUUGUUGACGUUACUUUAAAGGCUCUUAGUAUAGCAGACAAAAUGGAACAUACAGGUCCUUUCGACUAUCUAGUUUUAUCAGAAACUACAAAUCAAGAUAAAAAUUUAGUUAAUGUUGCAUACAGGAAAGCAUCACGAACACAUCCUCACUUUGAAGAUAUGUAUGAUGGAUAUGAUCAAACAGUUGAUGUUGUAUUGUCUACUUUAACGGUCAUUAUGUCAAGGAAAUCUAUUUUGAAAUUAUAUAAUUGGAUUAUGAAUACCUUUACAACACCACAACAAACUAAUCAGAGUGAAGGAAUUUUUGAUGGUGAUGUAUCUUAUGAUGAUACUUCCUUUGCAACUAAUAAGUCCAUACUUUCCAUUCCACUUCCUAAUAGCAAACAAGCAUCAAAUUCCCAAAACGACAGUCGAAUGAAAGUGGGUAUUCAUAUGGAUGGUGUCAAUUUAGUAUUAAAUAAUGAGGGAAGUAGUUUGGGAACUAUCUCCUUAAGUUUUGGCGAACUUAUUAUUUUGUUAUUACCUAAAACGAUAGAGGUAAAUGGUAAAUUUGGAAACUUUACUUUAACCGAUGAUAGUAGCCCCAAACGUCAUCAGACAAUUAGUAUUCUUGACAAUAGCCUUGCUGAUUUUACAUAUAAAACUUAUGACCCUGAAUCUAAGCAAUUUCCUGGUUACCAUCAAAAAUUUGUUCUCAGGAUAGGUUCCAUUCAAUUAUUUGUUAACGAUUCGAUAAAACCAACUUUAACGUUCUUGCAAGACUUUUUAGAAAUGAAGUCAGUUUAUGAUGCCGCUCGCACAGCUGCACUUGAGACUGCCCAACAAUACCAGGGAGUUCGAUUCCACUUUGAUGUAGUUGUAAAGAGUCCUAUACUAAUAUUCCCGGUAGCAGAGUCAGAUAAUUUGAUAGCUUACCUUGGAGAGAUUAGAGCAAAGAAUACGUUUGUCAAUGUGCGUCGACGCAACUUGCGUAAAAUAUUCGAAUCAAGCAUGGUUCCAGUUAACCAUAUUAGCUGUGGCCUUUAUGAUAUCAGUCUUCGUUCGACCCAAGGAACUAACCAGGAUAAUUUUCUUCCAAUUAUUGAUGACUUGAAUAUUAUAUUUAAUAUUGAGAACCCUGAAGACACUAAAGAAAUGACGGGCAUGCAAAUUCUAGGUGAAGUUUCUGACGUACGAAUGACUUUAACUGAUCAGCAAUAUAAAUCAUUAUUGGAAGUUUGGGAGUUUAUUCAAAGUAAUUUCCUUACCGGCAAAGAUGAUGUGAAUCAACCAACAGAAUCUGAAAAUUCAAUGAUUACUUCCACUAGUAUAUCUACUAAAUCAAUCAAUACAGUAGAGGCACCAACUAUUAAUCUUAAUCUCUCUGUUGUAUUGAAAAUGAUCUGCCUUGAAAUCAAGACUGGCGAUCAUCCACUAUCAAAACUUGCAUUUAAUGGCAUACAUAUGAAAUUACAAACUAUGUCAAACGAAUCAAUGCUAAUGGAAGUUAGCAUGCAAUCUGUCAGUUUUUCGGAUACAAGAGAACAAUCUAAAUCUCAAUUUAGAGAAGUUCUUCCCGCCAGUACAACCGAUGGUUAUCAAUUCCAAUUAAAAUUAUGCUCUUAUAAAAAUACCGAAUUGAUACCAACAAUGGAUAUAAAGGUUACUGUUGAUAGUCCCAAGAUUGUUCUAUCGCUUGAUUAUCUCUUUUUAUUAAAGGAUUUCUUUAUGAACCCCUUUAUCAUCAAAAAACCAACAGAAGCGCAGAAAUUCGCCCAAUUACAUGGUCGUAAUAGCAAAAAUAUGAUUGCUAAGAAACAACAACAGUUGAACGAGCAGCAAGUCAUAACAGUUGUUAAAUAUAAUGUUAAUAUUGUAGACCUUCAAAUAUUUUGUCUCGCAAAUCCUGAAAAAUUAUCUUCAGAAGCUGUUAUAUUAUCAUUCAAACAGUUUAUAGUUAUUCAAGAUGCUUGUCUAGAUGCUUAUUUGGAUGGUAUCGGUAUGGUAUUAUGUCGUAUGGAUAAUAUUACUGAAUCAACUAUGCAUUUUGUGGAAUCUUUUAAAGUAUCCAUGAAGAUGGAGACGGCAGCAGCAGGCUCAGUACAUAACCUAACAUCCAUUAAGCUGAAUCUAGAACCAAUUAUUUUACGAUUAUCCUAUCAGGACGUAAUGUUGAUUAUGACAAUUGCUAAUAAAAUGACAACCUUAAUGAGUGCUUCAGCAGAGCAGACACCAUCUGAUUCUACUUCUCAAUUUUAUGAUAUAUCAACGGAAAGCUCUCUUCCUGUUCCUGGAGAGGUUAGGGUCCCCACAAACGCAAUAAGCAAGCCAAUAGAAAUAGGGCCCUAUAUCACCAUGUCAAAGGAAUUAUUGACAGCUUCCUUUGAAGGGCUACAAAUAAUUCUUAUAGAAGACUUGCAUGAUUUGCCAUUUAUGGAUUUUCAGGUGGAUCCCUUUACUAUCACAGUCUCAGAUUGGUCAAGAUUGCUUGAAGCUGAAGUCAAUUUCUCACUUAAGGCAAACAACUUUAAUUUUAAAAACUCACAUUGGGAACCUAUUAUAGAGCCAUGGGAUUUAUAUAUUCAUGUUUCAAAAGAUGCUGCAGACCAGUCAAUGAAUCUAUCCUUUGAGUCUCAGAAGCCUUUAAAUGUCAAUAUUUCGCAUAACUUUUUAGAAACCCUUUUAACUAUUUCUGAAACACUUUCACAGACUAAGCCAAUUGCACAAACAGCACAAAAUCAAGUUAGGCCAUAUCUCAUUAGAAACUUUACUGGUUAUGAUCUUCGAUUUUGGAAUAUGUCAGAUGAUGUUAAAAAAGGUGAUACACGUGUCUAUACAUUACCACAAGGAGAAUCCUUACCAUGGACCUUCCGUGAUUGGAAACAGCGUAGAGAAAGAACAAAUUUAGGGAAUAAUUUAUUUGGUCUACAAAUAGAUAAAUAUAACUGGGAAAGUCUUAUCCAUGUUCCCGUUGAUACUGAAGGAGAGCGUUCUUAUCGUCUACAACCUAAUAUUAAUGGUAUCUAUCAUCGUCUCAUUGUUGAUAUACAUUUGGAAAAUCAUGUCAAGACGGUUACAUUUCGAUCGGGUCUUGUCUUGGAGAACAAGUCUGCUUAUACAUUGCAAGUAGCCUUAGUUAAUAAAGAUCGUCGUAUUUUAACUUCUGCAAGUCUAAAGGCCGGAGAGCCAUUUUAUGUUCCAAUUGAACAAAGUUACAGUCAAUGGUUUGUCGUAAGGCCAUCAGAUGAGUACCAUUGGAGUAGUAAAAUGCUAAUGUGGUCUGAUUUAAUGUUGCCUUCCUGUCCUAAAUACAUUGAAUGCUUGUCCUUCAAUAGUGGAUCAUUAUGUAGAUUCCAAGUUCAUGCCGAAUUUGAUAAAAGGAAUCCCUUAGUGAAGCAAUACCCAUUUAUGAAGGUUUAUUUCAGUCCUCCAAUUGAAGUUGAAAACUUGUUACCAUUUGACUUUGAUUUAAUAUUAACAAAUGAACUGACAAAUGAAAAGCUAACUACCUAUGUCUCAAAGGGUGAAAUAGCUCAAGUACAUGACAUGAAAAGUGAUGCUGCACUUGUUAUUGCUAUUGAUAUCAAAUCUGAAAGAUAUAAAUGUAGUGAUCCAACUAUUAUUCGUACGAAACCUUAUGACUAUAUUAUAGGAGAAAAACUUGUAGUUAAUGAUCAAAAUGAUAUACAAAUAAUUUUACAAAUGAAUUUGACAAGAUCAAGAGACAACGAUGCAUUACAUAUCAGUAUCUAUGCACCUUAUCUAAUCUUCAAUAAGACAGGACUUCCGGUUUGUUUACGAAAACGACAGAAUGUUUAUCAUCAAGCACAGCAGCCGGUUGAACAUAUCCCCGCUUACAUAGAGGGUGACAUUGUAGAGCCUGUUAUCUUUUCUUAUCCAGGGGUUGAUAAUCGUAACCGUGCACAGAUAUCGAUAAAUGACUCAAAAUGGAGCGAGCCUAUUAGUUUUGAAGCCGUUGGGAAUAGCCAGGAUGUAACACUUCAUUCAAAAUACGAUAAACUUGCACGUCAUGCUGGUAUCAAAGUUGAAGAAGGUGUUGGUAUUUUACGUUUAACUAAAGUGGUUACUAUUACACCACGUUAUAUUCUUAAGAAUAAAAUGUCAGUAGGGCUUAAAUUUUGUGAAUUUGGUAUGGAAGAUGUAUCAGAAAUUGCAGCUGGGCAAAAGAUGGUACUUUAUCAAACAUCACAUUCUCAUGUAAGAUGGCUCUGUUUGCAGCUUCAACAUCUUGAAAAUACUUGGUCUUCACCUGUUGAUAUUCAAGAAAUUGGCAAGACUUUUGUCAAGGUAGACAAAGAAGAUAGAACAAUUCCUUAUUUAGUACGUGUCUCAGUACACAUAAAGGACUCGACACUCUUCAUCACUUUUAAUGAAGAUGAUGAUUGGCCCUAUUAUAUUGUUAAUAACUCAAGUGUGGAUGUUCAAUUUAGGCAAAAACCAAUUGAUUUUGAAGAUUACGAUCUUAAAAAAAGUCAAAAGAAGGCCUUUCAAGAACCUCGUCUUUUUAAUUUGGCGCCUGGUGAAAAACUCAAGUAUUCUUGGGACAUACCAAUAGCCAAAGAAAAACGACUGCAGUUAUUUGUGGGUGAUCGACAUCGUAGUAUCAAUUUUCAAGCGAUUGGUGCUCAAAUACCAUUUCGCUAUUAUAAACAACAGCAAAGAGGAGAUUCUGUUGGAAAUAACACAUUAUCUAUUGAUAUUAAAGCGGAUGAAUCAGCACUUGUUUUAUUAUUAACAGAUUUUGAUCUUUCUAAAAGUCUAUAUAGACCAAAUUCGUCUGGAACAUCUACAUUGGCGUCAUCAUCAAGGGAAGGAAGUGUAAGAGAUACAUUUGAGACAGUGAAUAUUCAACAUAUCGUGAAUUUUUCAUUUGAGUUGAAAUUAGCUGAGUUUGGGUUAUCUCUUAUUAACCGGCAUGUUCAGGAGGUGGCAUUUGCCACUAUUAAAGGACUUGGUUUUAAAUAUAUAGAUUCCAAUUUGUACCAAUCAAUUCGACUCAGUAUUCAAUGGCUUCAGAUUGAUAAUCAAUUGUACAAUUCAACAUAUCCCAUUUUAUGUUACCCAACUACGCUUCCCAAAGCUCCAGCAGAAUUAGUAACGCAUCCUACAUUACAUAUUGCUCUUGAUAAAGUGAAAGAUGAUAAACACGGGGUACUUUAUUUCAAAUUGUUCUCUAUUCUACUGCAGGAAAUGACAUUUGAAAUUGAUGAAACCUUUUUAUAUGCUAUGCUUGAUUUUACACAAUUUGAAAAUUCUUUGAAAAAAAAUAAUAAUAACGAAAAUGAUUUAUUCGUUAUGAAGAUUGAAGAACCGGCAGCAGACAAAGCUGAGGCAUUAUAUUAUUUCGAAGAAUUCUGUAUUCAGCCUAUGAGAUUGAAUUUAUCCCUAGUUAAAACAGAUCGAAAUGAUGAUAAUACAAAAGAUUCUACAAAGAGUUCACCCUUUGGAUAUGUCUUUAACGUGUUUACUAUGACCCUUGGUAACAUUAAUGAUGCACCUAUUAAAUUAAACGCUUUAAUGGUAGAUAAUCUUCGAGCAAGUUCAGAAGACCUUACAGCACGUAUCUUAAUGCAUUAUCGAGAACAAAUUAUAUAUCAAGUACAUCGUGUAUUAGGCAGUAUUGAUAUCUUUGGUAAUCCAGUAGGAUUUUUCAGCACUUUGAGCUCUGGAUUUGGUGAAUUAUUUUAUGAGCCAUAUCAAGGGUUUAUCAUGAGUGAUCGACCACAAGAUUUAGGCAUCGGAAUAGCUAAGGGUGUAGGUGGAUUUAUGAGAAAAGGUGUAUUUGGUAUUUCGGAUAGUAUGAGUCGAUUUACAGGAAGUCUCGGUAAAGGUUUAUCAGUUGCUACAAUGGAUAAAAAAUUCCAAGAUAGACGACGUAUGAAUAUGACACGUAAUAAACCUACACAUGCUAUAUAUGGCGUGACCCAAGGUGUAGGAUACUUUGGAACAAGCAUAGCAAGUGGAUUUGCUGGUUUAGUGAAACGACCUAUUGAAGGAGCAGAAGAAAGUGGUGUUGUAGGUUUUAUGGGUGGUGUCGGUAAAGGCAUUGUUGGAGUAUUUACAAAACCAGUGGUAGGAUUUUUAGAUAUGGCAACUAAUGUUACAGCUGGCAUUCGUGAAACGACUACUGUUUUUGAAGGUGGAGGUAUCUGUCGUGAAAGACUUCCUCGAUAUACUGGAAAGGAUGGUAUUGUAACUGUUUAUUCACAAAGAGAAGCGUUAGGUCAAAUGUGGCUAAAGCAGAUGGAAAGUGGGAAAUAUGCCAACGAAACCUAUAUUGCACACAGUAUUGUAGAUAAUGAUGAGACGAUUGUUAUUCUGACUUAUACUCGUAUUCUAUUAAUUCAAUCUGAUAAUUUAAAAUUGAAUUAUGGCGUUUUAUUAGAUAAGAUAGAAUCAGUCGAGUCAGAAAUUGAUGGUGUUUAUUUACAUCUUAAAAAUGUAUCAACACGUAUUUUACGCAUCCAUAACGAAACGAGUCGAAUGUGGUUUGCAGGGAUUAUAAAAGAAACGAUGGCUCAACGAAAAGAAGAACGUGAAAGACAAUAA